ACUAAAAACGCCGGUACAGAUUGACUUGUAUCUUGUGUAGUAAGCAGGAGCAGUUGCUGCGGACAAAGUAGCUGCUGGACGACCAACAACUUGUUUCUUACCUCAGGACAAUUAUAUAUAUAUAUAAUCAAAAUGUAUACUUGGACGUUAAUUUCUUUGGUUGUUUUCGUCUUUCUCAGUUGUGCGUUACAAUUUCACCAAACAGACGCCAAACUAAAAGAAGGCGAUUGCGAAGUGUGUAUUAAGGUACUUACUGACUUUGAAAAAAAGCUAACAGAUGAAGACAGAAAAGAUUCAUCAUUUAUCGACACAAAGUUAAGGAAUCACUGCAAAAAUUUGAAGAACCAAGAUAACAGAUUUUGUUAUUAUAUAGGUGCUACAGCUGAUGCAGCAACUGGUAUUCUUGGAGAAAUCUCCAAGCCAUUCACAAUGCAUUUGCCACCUGCAAAAGUGUGCGAGAAACUAAAGAAGAAAGAUAGUCAGAUCUGUGAAUUGAAAUAUGAAAAACAAAUUGAUCUGAACACUGUGGACUUGAAUAAAUUGAAAGUGAAAGAUUUGAAGAAGAUAUUAAACGACUGGGAUGAAACAUGCAAGGGAUGUGCAGAGAAAUCAGAUUUUGUGAAAAAAAUUCAAGAACUGAAACCUAAGUACUAUAAGCAGGAGCUUUAGAUGUGUUUAUUUCUCACAGUUCUGCAUCCCAGUGAGAAAUACAAAUGAAAUUUGUGUAUUUUUCACAACAAAGUAUUCAACGUCUAUCAUAUUGACCAUUUAAUUUUGAACACUUGUAUAUCUGACUAGUUAACUUGAAAUUGAUACAAGUCUGGAUUUGCCCAGAAGAUAUUUUCAUAUGCAGAGAAGCUUUCGUUAGUAGAUAACAUUUACUGGUUAAAGAAAUUUAAUGUCACACAUGUAUAACAGUAAAAGAAAAUGCCCCCCCCCCCUAAAAAAUGAUAUUUAUUAAUAAACUUUUUUGAUGAGAUCUUUUAUACCAAAAAGUAACUUGUGAUAAUGUACUGUGGGAGUUCCGAUUGUUACUACUGAAAUUUCAUUGUCUGAAAAUAAAUUCUUUUCUGCCUUUUUUGAAUCUUGUGAUUUCUGUUUUAUUUGAGAUUCUGGUUUGUCGACAUCGAAAAUAUUGUUUUGUAAAAUGUUGAAUUUUUACUGACACUAACAGAAUAUAGCUCUCGAAAUAAGUAUUACCAGUCAUCAUAGUUGUAUCUCGAUUUUUACAAGCAUUUAUUUUGCAGUUUACUUUUCUAUAUUGUAUAACUUAUUUGUCUAUACAGAAGUUGAGAUUAAAGUAAUGUAGUAUUGCUGUUGAGUACAAA